AUGCCACUGCACUCUGAAUUUUCCCUUCAAAAGGAAGCUUGCCGACAUGCCCAAGCGCGCGAAGUGCUCAACGAGGGCGCCCCCAGCAAGAAAAAGAGGUCCAAGGUCGCGUCAAUGACUUGUCAAGCAGCAGCUUCAGCUACUCCAACAACUGAUAAUGCUUCAUCCUUCUCUCUUGACGUGCCCGUCACAAGUGCGGCCCCGAUCAACCACGAGCAAGAUGUGACGGCAUCGUUGAGCUCGUCGACGUGUUCUAUUCCAGCUUUCGCCGCCGAUAAGCAGUCAGGACCAACACAGCACGCUAUGACCGAUUUGAGUGAAACCGGAAGCACAUUGAAUCGAGCACCGGUCCAACCGGCGAGGCGUGGAGCAGCACCUUUAACAGCAGAUACGGCAGCUGAUCAGAGUUCGGGUGACCUGUUACACAACUCGUUUGUUUCGGAGAUGAGAAUGCUAAGGCCUGCUACUGGUCAAAUUAUGAGGGGUGGAUACACUAACGACGAGCUUCUGGGAAUGCUCAGUUCCGAUGAAGCGUCCGAACUGUUUGUUCCGGCGACCGGCAUUCGCGCUCACUCUAUGGCAAGAAGCGUCGUACCUCCCACCACAAAUGACUAUGGCAAGUGGACAGUGGUGCAGCUCCGAAAGGAGUGCACUGAACGAAAGCUCCGACUUAAACGGACUGUCAGCAAACCGGAUCAGAUUCGCCACCUCACAGAAUACGAUGCCGCCAAACGUGCUGUGCAGUCCUCCUUUGCGGGGCGCCUGGGUGCAUCAGAUGACGCAGCAACACGCGAACAACUCGACGCAGGAGAGGUCAAUGCAAAGACAAAAUUCUGGCAGGAUGUUGGCGAUGAAUUUUGGAACAACACAAGUGAUUUCAACAACAUCUGCGAUGACGCCGCCAGCAACCCGCGUUUUGCAGCGAUUGAUCCUUCCGUUAUCGUGCAGCACGAUUCGGCAAAGCUGUUUGAGAUGUGGAAAAUGAUUAACCGGAGCUACGUGAAGGCAAAUUCAAAGUUCUACGUAUCUGGCCAGAACUCUGACGACUUUUUCGCCUAUUGUGAGGGUAACUUAGGUGCUCUUUAUCUCCGAAUCUGCACCAAAAUUAAGCCCGAGUUGGCUGCAUUUGUGUACGGUGGUAUGUGUGCAGACGACGAGAUUGACUCAAUGAAUCUCGGUGAAAAUCGGGCUCGUACACCAGGACACAAGUCGGUAAAAUGGCAAGAUCAAGUCAUCAAGACGAUCAACCGUAUGACCGACUUUAUUGUUGGGGCGCCGCUACCUGCUUCGACUGCUCCACAAAAAGCCACUGGUGGAGGCGACAACGAGGAUCAGCUUAUCGACCGUAUAUCAAAGCUGCACCAAAUGAUUGAUCAAGUCAAAAACAACCUCCGCAAGUCGGAACAAGAAGGAAUUGCUGACACAGGACUAGCCAAAACCCUUCGCAUGUAUCAGUCGAGUCAGCAACGUUACGAAGAGCAGUUGGAGGCUCUGGGUUAA